CACCCAGGGCAGGGCUGAGCCUCGUCCCCUGCUCCCGCCCGUCCGGGGACCGCCGGGGGACCGAGGGGCGCACGGGGACAGCUCUGUCACCGCGGCACUUCUCCGAGAAAGAGGAAGCUGUCUCGAAAUAACUCGGCGCUUCCCCUUGUGCCCCGCACGCUUUGAAGCGGCUGCCGAGCCCGGGAGCCGCCGGGGCUCCGCUGCCACCCGCGCCCCUGCCCGAUGUCCCCUGCGGGUCCCUGCUGUCCUGGCCGGGCCCUCGGAGGGGGCUGCGGCUCCCUGGGCCCCCCGAGCCCGGCCUGAGGAAGGCACCGUCCCCGCUGCCAGGCCAUGCCCCAGCGCCGUGAGCAGCCCUGCGCCGGUGCCCCACGAGCUGCAGCCCAGCCCGGCCAUGGAGAGCUCAGAGCUGGAGUCGGACAUCCUGCGGCGGGUGCGGGCGCUGCUGCGGGAGCUGGACGGGCACCACCCCUCCUGCCAGAGCGACCGAGGAAUGCUGCGGUGGACCCUGCACAAGAGAAUCGACCAGAACCCCAGAACCAGCUGUGUCCUGGUCAGGAUCCUGGUGAAGGAGCUGGAGAGGGCAGAGCGAGGGGACCUCCGGCACUACAUCAUCCCCCUGCUGCACACGCUGAUGUACACCUUGAUCCAGGCUCCCUGCAUCCCUGACGAGCUCUGUGCCAGGGUUUAUGACUUCUGCAAGAGGAUGCUGACCCUGCCCAAGCCCUUCUGCACCAUUGGGCUGGACUAUGCCAGCAGGCUGCAGGUGGAGAGGACAGCCCCAGGGACCCUGUACCAGAGGAUGGUCAUCUCCGAGCAGAGCCUGCGCAGCGCCCCCUUCCCCUACCAGGAGAGGAUUUUCAUCUUUGCUGACCCCGAGCUGCUGCCCGAAGCCAUCUGCAAGGCGCUGGCCACCGACACCGAGGCGGCCCAGGUGUCCCAGAGCCCGCGGGGCUGCAUGAGCUGCGUGGUCACCCACGCCCUGCAGGCGGCCCUGGGUGACACCUGCGACACCCACGGCCUCAGGGCCCGACUCCAGGCCUUGUCCCCGGGGGACGUGGAGCACUGGUUCCAGCAGGUGGUGGCGGCCGUGGAGGGCGCGGGCAGCGAGGGCGGCUGGGACCGGGGCCAGCACACGGCGCGGCUGGAGAGAAUCUACCACGGCCUCCUGGGCUCCGUGCCCGCAGGGAAUGCUCCCCAGGAAGGGCUGCAGGGGACCCCUCUGCCCAACCCCAACAUCAGCUUCCACCUGUGGACAGAAGAUGAGCAGCUCUGGAAGGAGCUGGUGCUGUUCCUGCGCCCGCUGUCGCAGAGCUGCGAGCCCGAGUGCCUGGGGCAGGAGCUGGAGCCCAUGGAGAUGCCGGACGAGCUCCCGGGCUGCGGCUGCUGCGGCCGGAGCCGCUUCUCCGUGCUGUCCACGGACAGCGGCAUCGAGCGGGACCUGCCGGCGCAGGAGGAGCCGUGCGCGCCCUGCGCCGAGCGCUCCCGGCUCCACAGGAAGGGCGGCAUCAAGAAAAAGCCGUCCCCGCUGGACAGCGUGGCCUUCCUGCAGGCUGGCAGCGCUGUGCCCGGCGGGAAGCCCCCCGGGAAGCUGCCCAGGAGGGCAGGGAUGCCCCCCGAGCCCGCGGCCCCGCUGCAGAGGCUGCACACCGCCCGCGUGGUGCUGCUGGGGGACGAUCGCGUCCUGGGCCGCCUGGCACAAGCCUUCCACUCCCUCAGGAAACGGGAAGCCCGGCGAGUGUUCCUGACGCCCAGGCUGGACCUGCAGUUCUACCACAUCCCGGUGGUGCCCUCUGCUGCUGCCGACCACGCUGGCCCCGAGGAGCUGUGCGAGGUGGCCGGGUACCUGGGCAGGGCUGACCCCUGGUACGAGAGCAACAUCAACACCCUGUGCCACAUGAUCCCCAAGCUGGCCACCAUGCCUUCGUCGCCAAGCAGGGCCCUGGUGACCGACCUGUUCCUCACCGAUGUCAUCGCCUACUACGCCCGCAUGGGCACCCAGCCCGUCUGCUUCCAGCUGCACUCUGUCAAGCUCCUGUUCCAGGACCCAGCACAGGACCCAGCUGAGGACGUGUUCCUGACGGAGCUGCUGACCCAGGUGCAGGACAGCCCGUCCCACAGAGAGCUGAGCACAACCAAGAGGAAAAGCACCCUGGAUGGGCCUGGCAUGGACCUCACAGUGACCUACAGGAGGGUUGUGCUCAGUGACCGGCAGAAGGAGCUGGCCCUGUCCCUGCGCUCCACAGGCCUGCUGAUGAAAGCCAUCCCUGCUGAGGAGGCUGAAGGCUGUGGCAAACAGGUUCAAAACACGGAGUAUCAAGGUCAGGAGCCCAGAGCAGAGACCCUUCACGGUGCAGCUGGACAAGGACAGCAGGAGAACCUACAGGGAUGUGAUCGGCCUGGAGGUGUCUCCCUGCCUCGAGCCCAGCUACUGCCUGCAGAAGACGAGGACCACGAAAUUCAGCCCUCAGGAAACAGAAGACGUGGGGCUUGUGAAAUACCUGCCCAAGUCUCUGCUGCUGCCCAUCAACACUUUUGCAGGAGUCAUCCCCUGAAGGAGACGGGAGAAGGUGCUGUGAGUGAUGACACGGGGUCAGCACAGAGGACACGGGGAAAGAAAACACACAAAAAGCCACCAGUGGUGACUUCACACGGCAACGGUGUGAAGAGCUGCCCCAGCAGAGGUGGAUAGGCUCGGAGGGCACAGCCAUGCCCUGCUGGUGACAGUGUGACAAUGGCCCCAUGCCCCCGCCAAGGGCACAGCCGUGCUGCAGGACUGAGCUUUCACCUUUUGCACAGGUCAGGGAAAAGCUUUGAGCUCUCCAUUCGGGAAGAGUGAGGAAGAUCCGUGCGAGGUGGUGCUGCCUGUCCUGGGGAGCCCAGGGCAGCUGGCAGCAGCAAUAUUUCUUUUGGAGAUGUCUCACAGCCCAGAGGGGCCAGGUUUUCACCUCAUUGUUGGUUCUCCCCUGUGCCAGACUGGGGCAGCAAACAUUGUGUCCCUGGAGGAAGCUGAGGGGUGGCAGGACCUCUCGGGCACCUCAGGAAACCCCUGCACGAGCAGCUCUUGUUGUUGGCAUCGUGUGGGCUCUAAGGGGUGACCCCUCUGCACCCCUCUGCCUCUCCAGGGCUUCCCCGUGGGGUUUGCACACACCAAGAAAAGGCUCAGAAAGCCAAAAGGCUUGGAGCUGGGCUGGGCUGUGGGCUGGUGUCCAGAGUUUGUUCUGUACAGCUGUAAAUGUUGUAGAUGGAUGAUAAAUUAUUUGUAUAGGUGUCGUGGAUGACUUGUACCGGAGGGUGCAAUCCUUUCAGUGCCAAUUGAAGGAAAUUUAGACAAACCCAA